AUGGCCCCAGAGCCUUUCUCCUGCACAGUCCAUCCGUACGACUCCCCAACCUCGAACUCGGCCGCCUACGAAAUAGGACCUUCUGGAGCUUCGAACGCUAUCCUCUUCAUUGGCGGUCUCGGAGAUGGACCCCAUACCGUUCUUUACACCCUGUCCAUAGCCAGGCACCUCGAGAAGACAGAACAGGACUGGUCUGUCUUUGAGAUUCGGAUGAGGAGCUCCUUCACGGCUUUCGGUUACUCCAGCCUGAAGAACGAUGUCGAGGACAUUUCGGCACUAGUGAGAUAUCUCCGAAGCAUCGGAAAGAAGAAGAUUGUUCUCAUGGGUCAUUCAACCGGAUGCCAGGACUGUAUGGAGUAUACCAAGCAUAAGGACGACCCCGUCGACGGUUUCAUCCUUCAAGGCCCUGCCUCUGAUAGACAGAGCAUCGUUGAUUUCGUCAGUCCCGAACUGUUGAAGAAGGGAUUGGACCUAGCAGAGAAGAUGCUUUCCAAAGGAAUGGGAGAUGAGGCAAUGCCCAAAGACCAUGUGCCGUCCCUGUUCUCCGAUCCUGUCACAGCAUACCGCUGGCAUUCGUUGGCAGCCAAAGGUGGCGAUGACGAUUACUUCUCAUCUGACCUUGACGAGUCGUUCGUGUCUUCUGUGUGGAACAGGUUCGACCAACCUGUCAUGGCUCUGCAUUCGGCCGAGGACGAGUUUGUUCCAGCUAGCGUCGACAAGCAGGCUCUCAUAGACUCAUGGAAGAAACACACAAUCUUGCACACGCUCCCACCAUCAGCUCUGAACAUCAACUCAACUGGGUUUAUAUCCAACAUGUGCUUCGGAGUUACUUGCUCGACUUGCUCAAAGGCGACCUGGCGCGGUUGCGGCCAGCACAUCCCCUCGGCUCUCAGCGGCGUCCCGGAGGACCAGUGGUGCACAUGCACGCCCCGAGUCACCGUCAACGGCAAGGAGUACCCGCCGGCAGGCUCUGUGUCGAUUCCUGACCGCUAUGCAAACAGCAAUGUCCUGCGCCCCGUGCCCAUGAGCGGUAUCCAGGAGAGGUCUCUCAACUUCAUCAAGAGAUGCGAAGACUCCGUCGGCAAGAGCCACGACAUCUUUAUGAGCCUACACUCCUACGCCUGCGAUUGCGUCACACACCACUUGUUCCACCCGUACGGCACAAACUGCCUCCAGGACAAGGCGGACGAAGACAUGAUGCACGAAGUCGCUGUCGACGACAGCUUGCAGAACCGCCUCGUCCAGCACUACAGCCCGGUUCUGCACAAGGCACUUUCCGGGGUGCUGUAUGCCUUCGCCAAGCCGCGGGAAACGCCCCUCGCCGACAAUUUCGUGAUGGAGUCCAGCAGGCAGCCCGAUCCGGCUCAGUUCACGUUACUGAGCCGGCUGCACGAAAAGUCGAGCGACCUGGACCAGACGGACAAGGCAGGGGAGUGCCUAGAUCACAUGGCCGCCGGGAUCGACACUACUGGGGAUGGGUUAUGUUUCCUUAUGUGGGAGCUUUCGCAACCUAGGUCGAUGCGUUUCCAGCAGAAGCUGCAGCGGGAACUCCGGGACAAUCCCGGGGUUUCGUUUGAUAAGCUGCCGUUCCUGGACGCCGUUAUACAAGAGGGCCUUCGGUGCUUCCCCGCCAUCCCUAUGUCUCUUCCGCGGUAUGUACCACAGGGCGGCCGUACUAUUGAUGGGCACUUCACGCCGGGAAAGACCAUCGUCAGUUGCCAAGCCUUCUCGGUCCACCGUAUCAACAGCGACGUGUUUCCUCAGCCAGACCUGUUUGAUCCUGAUCGUUGGAUGGAGCCUAUAGGGGACGCUGAAAGGAAACGUCUCAUGUUUGCAUUUGCAAACGGCGGCAGAGGGUGCGUGGGAAAGCACCUGGCGCUUGCUGAGAUGAAAACUCUUCUUGCGGAUAUUUAUACUCGUUACACGACGCAGCCUGAUACGUCAAUGACGGCCGAGUCGAUGGCCAUGUCUGACCAGCUGAUCUCAUCGCGACCUCAUGGUCAAAAGUGUCUGCUGCAGUUUAUCCCUAUUGCCGAGAAACGAGAAUGA